UUUGUUUUUGAAAUUCUUGGUUAAUAAUGGUGGUGCAUUCUAAUAACCACGGAUGAUAACGAUAAUUAAUUGACAUUUUACAAUUUAUGUGCACAAGCUGCUUAGCUGAUUUUACUAACGUUUCAACGUCAAAUAUACGCUCACAUCUUUUGACGUUUUAAUGUGCGACGUUUGAUGCUCCUAUAUAAGGGUACGUAUCAUUAGUCGAAAUCUCGAGAUUGAAAUUAAUUUAUCAUUAUUUAUUGACAAUAUUUUAAUACGAUAUAAUUAUAUUACUUCUAACUGGCUCUCUGUAUUUUGGGUCUUCGCUGCAGUAAAUUCGCAAUUUUAAUCAUAAACGAAAAAUGCUAGAUCUUUGAUUUUCGUACAGCAAAAGCGGCAAUGUACAAUUAUUGCAUAUAAUUGCAGUAAUUAUCGUGUUAUUAGAAAUUCGCUAAGCAUUAUUUUAUUUUUAUAGUGUCUUCUAAACGUGAAGAGACAGCAUAAGAAAAAGUUCAGAAUAGAAAGUAAUAUGUUAGAUUUCAAAACGACAGAUUUAUAGCCUUGUAAUAAUUAUUAACUUAUUGUAUAAUAAGUAGAAACUUGUGAAAACAUAAUAAUUUAUUUCUGGUUAUUCUAAAUUACUAAAUUAAUAAAUGCGCAAAUUUUAGUUUAUUACUGCAAAACUAGUAAAAUUAUUAAACUUUUAUUAUUAAAAUUAUUAAACUUUUAUUGAUAAAUUUCAUCGUCGCGGGAAUUUGCGCGGAAUAUUCAAUCUUGUUCGUGGUUCGCGACGAUUAUGCGGAGCCACCCAUCCGCCCGUCCGCGAGUUGGCGAGCCUGAGCGGCGCGCCCGGUCUGACUUGUGACCAACUUCACGUCGCGCGCAGCUGAGCGUGCCUGGUUGCAUUGCACUCGCCUGCGAUUCCGCAUAGUGAAGUGCCGCAUCGCCGUACGUCGCGUUGGGACGAGUCGUGCGAUCGGAAAACAAGAAAAGAGAGGCGAGGUGGACGUGCGGUCACUGGCGCAUCGAUGAUUCCUCCGCGGGAGAAAUGUUUUGUCGCUGAUACGAUGCCGGACUUCGAUUUCCCUGCCGCCGAGAAGAUCCUCUGCGAUCUGGAGAAUAUGAUUCGGAGGAAUCCUUCUAUGAGCUUUAUGGUUGUGCCGAUGGAGGACAAUGAGAAUCGAUCGCCAGUACUUCAUCAGGAGGACAGCCUGGCCCUGGGUUCGUGGUGCGUUCAGCCGCUCCACUUGUACACCUAUCGGCGUGUGAUGGACUAUCGGCGGGAACGUCACCACAGGCGCGAGGAUCCUCGGACGAUCGCGAGGUGGCUGCUGGGUGUCCUGUUGUUCACCCCGAACGUCACGACGUUCUGGAACAUGCGGCGGGAGCUGGUGCGCGCCGGUAGGUUGGACGUGCGCGAGGAACUGUCGCUCACCCGACCAGUGCUCUACAACACGCCGAAGACUUUCGAAGCUUUCUCCUAUCGAUCCUGGCUGAUGCCGUUGGCUCUGGACGCCGAGCAGGCCGAUGUUGCGCAUCGGCCGGAGCCCGGCACCUCGGCCAUCGCGACUGCCGAGCUCGAGCUUGCGGAGACCUGCGCUGAUCGCUACGCGAACAAUUAUCACGCGUGGUGUUACCGGCGUCACCUGGUGACGCUGUGCGAGUCCCGCGGGUUGAGGCACCCCAGCGUCGAGAGCGAAUGGACGAGCACUCUCGCGUGGUGCUGGCGACACGUGUCGGAUCAUAGCGCGUAUUCCUAUCGGCAGUUCCUCUUGCGAAAGUGCGUGCUAGCCGCGGCGAAAGCAGCAACGAUAUCGCCCACGGAGAUGGACUCGAACGUCUGGCAUGACGAGGAGAGGCAUAAGCGGGAGGAUAAGUUGUUCCUCUACAUGAGCCUCCACAUCAGCGAGAGUAACCAAGCGAUAUUGGAGCGAAUGCGGCAGAUCAUGUCGGGGGACCAUCGUCACGAUUACUCGAUCAUCGACGCCCACAAGCUCAGGUGUUACCUGACCGCAUUGUCCUAUUGGGCGGAGGAAUGCAGCAGCAACGAUCAACUCUUGACUAUGUACUGCGAACAUGAGACGCUCUGGUGCCACCGCAGAUUCCUCGCCCACACGCUCGCGCUCCUCGCGCUUAUGUACUUGAAACAUGCGUGCUACCGCGAAGACGACUUUCUGGACAAUCAGUCUCGCCGCUACCAGUGGCUCGCGCCGCUCUUUCAAGAAACACACGCUGAUCAGGAUAACGAUCCGUUGAUAACGGUUCACAGUAUGAUUAUUCACACGUUUCGCGCUACUAAUAUGAAACUGUUCGGGGUAACGUUUAAACGUAGUCACGAAAAAGCAUACAUCCAGAGAUAUUUUGAACAAGUCGCGAUAGUUGGGUUACAAUGAUCAGGAUCAUCGCGUGAAAUCUCGAGCUCGAAGAUCACAGCAUUUUACUUCUAUCAGGGGUGCAUGCGAAGUAUUCAUACGAGAUGUGUAGUCUCAUGGAGAUCAAUGCAAAUAUCGUUUACACACACACACACACACACACAAAGAAAGAAGUUUUUGUUAUUCUUGGAAUAUUUUGUGAGAGAGGAUAUAUGUGAUUGUUAAUAUAUUAUCUCAUUAAAUAUUUAA